AUGACGCAGCUACGUGCUGACAGCAUGAUGGACAGCAGAAGGAAAGAGAAAAGAAAGAAAUACCAUCGCUUUCAUGAAACAAAGAUCGCAGCAGUCAGAAAAGUUCUGAAGGAAUAUCAGCAGAAGAAUAACCCUGGAGCAACUGCAGGAACCAAGAAAAAACGAAAAACUAAAGAAGACAGUAGGCCCGGGACUCCCACCAACGAUGACCGGCAGCCUCCAGAGAACAUUCAGAACAUUCUGAAGGUGCUGGUGUCAGACCUUAACCGCUCCAAUGGGGUAGCCAUACCCUCAUUGGACAAGAGGAAGGCAUACUUUGACAGUGAUGUUGCCACUCGUAACGCUGAACAGCUUGCUACCGAUGUCCCUGUGCUAUCUAACAGCAACAGUCUACCUAGUUGUGGUUCUGUUCUGCCUGCUCCUGGGAGCAUGCAGCUGACACAGAUUCAUGAAGCUGAGGAUCAUAAAAACACUUUGGAUGAGAACAGGUCUUUCUCGUCAACAGAAAGUCUCCGCCAGUUGUCUGAACAACUCAAUGGCCUGGUUUCUCAGUCUACGUCGUAUGUGAAUGGGGAAAGUGCUGUUUCUUCCACAAAUAUUAAGGAAAUGGAAACACGUUACCAGGAGCUGGCAGUAGCCCUGGAUUCCAGCAAUCUAACUAACAAACAGCUCGUUACAAAGAUAGAGGAAUUGAAACAGCAGAACCAAGAAGCAGUGAAUCAGCUGGAGAAGGAAAAGAAGGAGUUUGAACAGAAAUUUUCUAAAGAGCAAGCAGCACUGAGGGAACAGCUGCAGGUUCAUAUCCAGACUAUUGGAAUUCUAGUUUCUGAGAAGUCUGAGCUGCAGACAGCCCUUGGACAUACUCAGCAAGCUGCACGGCAGAAAUCAGGAGAAGCUGAAAACCUUGCUGCUCGUUUACAUUCAUCUCGCCAGAGGGUAUCGGAGCUAGAACGUACUUUGUCCUCCAUCUCUACGCAGCAAAAACAGUCAGAGAAGCAUAAUAAAGAGUUAGUGAAGGAGCGAGACAACCUGAAACUGGAACUGUACAAACGAAGCAAAAGUAGUGAGGAAAUAAAGCAGCAGAAUUCGGAGCUGUCAGAGAAGGUUCACUCCCUGGUUUCCCAGAACGCAGCUAUGAAGUUGGAUAUGGAGGAUUUGCAUAAGAAACUGGAAAUGGCUGAACUGAUGAUCCAACAGUUCUCAAAUCAGGCAGGGAGUCUGGAUGCAAACCAGCAGUUGCAGAUGGCACUGGAGGAGAAGGCGAGCCUGGAAACCCAGGUUGCUCAGCUCUCAGAGUCACUUCACCAGCUGCAGGCAGAAAGAGAUCAGUAUGUAGAGAAGCUGAAGGAGGAGCGGAGCAUUUGGCAGCAGCGGGUACAGCAGCUCUCUGAGCAGGUCCACACAAUGGCAGAGGAGAAGGAGAAGCACAUGGCCCAAAUUCGGGAGCUGGAAGCCAAUGUUACAGAGCUGCUGAGCAAAUCAGCCAUGAAGCCCAUGGAUGUUGAGCCUUCCUCGCCAGCAGGGCCCACAGCAGCUGAGCUGAGUCUGCAGGAAGAGAUCCAGCGGCUGCAGCAAGAGAAGGAGGAACUGCAUGGGCAGUACCAGGCCCAGGUCCGGGACAACGAGCAGCUGAGCCACCUCAACCGGGAGCAGGAGGAGCGGCUCCUGGAGCUGGAGAAGGCUGUGCAGCGCUACAAUGAGGAGUCUGUGGACAGACAGCAGAUCCUGGAGGACAUGCAGAGUGACAAGGCCACAAUCAGUAGGGCACUGAGCCAAAAUCGGGAGCUGAAGGAGCAGCUGGCUGAGCUGCAGAAUGGGUUUGUCAAACUGACAAAUGAAAACAUGGAGGUUACAAGUGCCCUACAGUCAGAGCAACAUGUAAAGAAAGAGCUGGCCAAGAAGCUUGCGCAGCUGCAGGAGAACCUGGGAGAGCUCAAAGAGACGCUGGAACUGAAAACACAGGAGGCUCGGGGGCUGCAGGAGCAGCGGGACCAGUACUACGGCCACUUACAACAGUACACGGUGGCGUACCAGCAGCUGUCUGCCGAGAAGGAGGAACUGCACAAACAGUACUUGCUUCAGACACAGCUUAUGGAUCGGCUCCAGCACGAGGAGGUUCAGGGGAAGGUGACAGUGGAAAUGCACCUGAAAGAGCUGCAGCAGACCAAGGAAAGUCUGGAAGCUGUAGCUAAGGAAAACAAGGAGCUGCAGGCCCAGAUCAGUCAGUUAGCAGCAGACCUGGAUGGCAGGAUUUUGCACCGACUAGAUGGAGACGGAGUUGAAAGUGAAGCAAUGACCGAAGAAAUCCAGAAAUCUUCAUUUGUGAUCCCAGAGACGUUUGAAAGCCAUGAAGAAAUGGUCGCUUUCUUGACAUCUGCCAUGUCCCAAGUGGAGAAGGAGCGGGAAGACCUGAGGCAGCAGCUGGCUGCUCAGAAACAGCAGUGCAGAAGCCUCCUGCAGCAAAUAGCAGCUCUUAGGCAGCAGCAGCAGCAACAGAGCAUCGCGCUGGGUGGAGAUUCCACUGUGGAUACUGUUCCAGUGGAGGUUCACGAGGCUUUGAAAACUGCCAUGGAGAAACUACAGUCCCGUUUCACAGACCUGAUGCGUGAGAAAGCUGAUCUGAAGGAACGGCUAGAAGAGUUAGAACAUCGCUGCAUACAGCUGUCCGGGGAAACAGACACCAUUGGGGAGUAUAUUGCAUUAUACCAGAGUCAAAGGGCUAUCCUCAAACAGCGACACCAGGAGAAGGAGGAGUACAUCAGCAGGUUGGCUCAGGACAAGGAAGAGAUGAAGAUGAAACUACUGGAACUGCAGGAUUUAGUGAUGCGUCUGGUCAGGGAAAGAAAUGAAUGGUACAGCAAGUAUGUAGCAGCUGCUCAAAACCCCGAGCUGUUAGCAAGCCAGAAUGAAAGCGUGCUUCCAGCAGAGAGGUGCAUUGAACUGAACGCUACCGAUGGAGAAGGGUUACGAGAAGUGAAUUUAUCAGAUGAAGCAGAACAAGAGGCUGCUGUUCUUCAUCAAUCCGGUUUCUCCCCUAUUGACAGUAAAGCUGCUCAGCCGAGCCAAGAGGACCCCACAGCAAAGCAAAUAAUGCAGCUUCUCAGAGAAAUCCAGAACCCUCAGGAGAGGCUGGGCUCCCUGCUGGAAAACCCCUGCAUUCCCUUCUUCUACCGUGCUGAUGAGAACAACGAGGUCAAAAUCAUGGUAGUUUAAGUGGCGCUAAAUCUUAUUUACAGCCAUUUUCUAUGAGCCUGAAAGGACUUAACUGACUGGUACGUGCCCAUACCUCUGCUCGGUGCCCUUGGUCAGAACAGAACCUACUUUAACGACAUCAGGAAAGAGGGAUUGCACAGACGGAACUUGAGCAUCAGACCUCAUCCUCCCUUUCUCUUUCUGCUGUUACUUGGUGUGCUCGGAGUACAGG